CUAUGUUCAGCCUAUGUUCAGCCUAUGUUCAGAGGACAUCGAAAAAGCCUUCAGAGCAAUUGAUGUCAUUUGGAGUGAAUUUGUGUCUUUGGAUUACUUGAAGUCAGUCAUAAAUGGCUUUAUAUUUCCUUUGCCAAAUGAAACUUUUCAAGAGCUAAUGAAUAGAUUUGGACUGAAAGCCACAGGUAAAAUUGCUUGGCAAAAAUUUUUAGAAAAAUUCUGGGAUGCUAGGAGCACCUUUGAAAACAGGCAGACAAUUCCUAUGAGAAAAAAACAUAAAGUAAAUCCACCUAGAGGAGAUGCAGUUUUCCCCAGCAACACUGUUCUUCAGAAGCUGCGCAGAUACAUCCAAGAUGCUUAUCCCUCUUUAAAGCACGUAUUCCUUACGCUUGAUGAAGUAAGAGCAAUUAUUUUUAGGUGUGGCCUUGAAAUGAGAUGGAAAGAUCACGAGAAAGAUCACCUUCGUCAUGUUUUGCAUAACUUGGUAUUUCAAGUAAAAGAUAAAGACUUCCAGGAGUUAAUUGAGAUAAUUGAUCCAGAACAGACUGGAUACCUUGACUACUAUGGAUUUUUAGAGUUGUUUGAAGAAAAAGAAUCAGUAGUGUUGGAAGAUCAUGGCAUGCCAAUGGAUGACAGUCAAUUCAGUCUACUAACGGAAAAACUAGGGUUACCAGAUGGAGGGUUGAGUUAUCUGGAUUUUGUGGCAAUACUGGAAGGUGCCAGACUGAAUGGGCCAGGAGCUACAUUAUGGAACAGCCCAAACCACAGAGUAAAUGAUGCUAAAUAUCACUACGUGACUGCUGAUGAAUGUCUCAAUCAGCUUAAUAACAAACUGAUGGAAGUCUACGGGGACACCUAUUCUGCCUUCCAUGAAACAGACAGUAACCAUGACAGUAUCAUCAACAUGCUUGACUUUUGGCAAUUCUUGGACAGCUUUCUGCUUUGCCUGCGAGAUGAGGAAAUCCUGUGCCUACUUGGUUUAUUGGGACUGAGCCUGCCCUCCAUGUUAAAUUACCAAGAAUUCUGUCAACUGUUGCACACCCAAGAAACUAAGGAGGCCUAUGGGAUCUUGUCUCAAGCAGUGGGAGUGGGGAAAACUCAGAAGGUUCCCAGACACCGAAAACAGAUUAAUGUGGCAUUGGCGUUCCUAAAUCUGAAAGGAGCCCUCAGUAAAGGCUGUCAAGGCGCAGAGCCCCGGGAGCUUAGAAGAGACCGAGUUUGCAGCCUGGCAGCUCUCCAGGCCCCGAGUCCUGGUCCGCGCCUGCGGCGGGCGGCGCAGGAACUCAGCGGAAAAAAACAGAUGAUAACGGAUGCAGAGCUAGCUUGUGAUCACGCUCAUUACUACCUAGUUAUCAAAGCAAGAACCAGAUGGCAUGACCUAGCAAGGAAUUUUCAGGAAUUUGACAGUGAAGGAAAUGGCAUUUUACAGCCAAGGGACUUGGAGAAAGUAUUUUUCAGAUUUGGCAUUCCAAUCACCCCAGAAGAAUUUAAGCAGCUUUGGGCAAGGUAUGAUGCAGAUGCAAAAGGAUAUUUUACUCACUGAGAAUUUUUACAGAAAUUGGGGAUAGAGUUUGCACCUGCUGACACAGGGCUCAGCAGACACAUCACAGAAGAUAGGUAUGCACAUUUACAAGCACAUUAUAAUAAUCGGCAAAAGAAGCAUUCAAAGCUGGAAGAGCAACAGAAGCAGCAAACUAAAGCUCUGCAUGUAAAAAAAAUAAAAAAGCAAGUGCAGGACAAAUUUAGGGAUUACUUCCAAGAUUUCAAUAAGGCCUUUCAUAAAGUGGAUAAAAACAGAGAUGGCUAUGUAACAGUAUGUGACCUGCACAGGAUACUAGAAGAAUUCAACUAUUACCUUGAUCAUGAUCAGUUCAACAGUCUUCUAAACAGCUUAGGAAUCAGCAUUCAUGACAGCAAGCUCUCUUUUGAUUUCCUGAGAGCAACUGAUGAUGGCAGAGCAUCUAAAUACCAACAGAGACAAAAGCAGGCUGCACCACCUGCAAGCUUUGCAGCACUCAGCUUAGAACAGACCCUAAUUAAGAUAAAAGAAAUAGUUGCAUCAUCUUAUGAUUUGUUGUACAAGGUAUUUUCUCUAUUUGAUAAAGAAGACACUAGAGUAAUUAAAGCACUGGAAUUUCACGGAGUACUUGACCACUUCUGCUUUCAAUUAUCAGAAAAGCAAUUCAGGCACCUUCUCAAAACCUUAACAUUUACUGGUGAAGGGCAAAAAGUCAUUCCACCUAAAUCUUCUUGGGAGCUGUCAGAGAGAGGCAUCCUCUUGCAGAUACAAGACGUAGUGACUGCUGGCUUUAACACAAUUGCACGAGAGUUUAAAGACAUUGACUCUUCAAAAGAUAAGACAGUAUCAAAAGGCGGGUUCUGGGAUAUAUGUAAUCGCCAUUUGCAGUGGUUGACUGAAGAUCAAGCUGAAAGUAAUGGCUGUGGAAUUCAGUGCAGAUACCAACAUCCAGUCGUCCUCAGACAACAACAACUUGUUGUUGCACCUAUCCUUAACUGUGAAACAAUAGAAAAUAAGAUAAGAAAGAACAUCCAACAUUCCUGGAGAGGCAUACUGAAAGUAUGCAAAGAGAAGGAUGUCAGCAAGCUAGGAGAAAUCCCAGUGUCAGACUUCCUAGAUAUAGCAGAGAAAUUCAAUUUGGAUUUAAGUGAAGGGGAAAUUAACCAAAUAACAACAAAAUAUGAUUUAAAGAAAAACAGAAGACUUGCAUAUUAUGACUUCCUUCAGAGCUGUAUCUUGUUGUUCAAACCACAGGAAAGCUCACUGCUACAGAGGGUGAUUAUACAGAAGCCACAAAAGCCACUGAGUCCUGGACCACAAACCACAUCUUUCUUCAGCACAAUGCUGAGAAUUCAGCCCCAGAUCCUGCACUGCUGGAGACCAAUGAAGCGAACUUUUAAAUCCUAUGAUGAAAGUCGUACUGGACUGUUAAGUAUCACAGAUUUCAGACAAGUUCUUCAUGACUACUGCAUUGACCUAACUGAAGAGGAGUUAUUCAACAUUUUGGAAUAUUAUGAUAAAAUUUUGUCUUCAAAAAUAUCCUGUAAUGAUUUUCUCUGGGCAUUCAUACAGUAG